CCUGGCCCAAGCCUGACGAGCCGCUGAUUGUGGCGAAAGCUAGCACCAGCCAGGAGCAGCAGCGAACUCAACUCAGCAAAUAUGUGCGAGUCUGAGUGUGAGCGCUCCUCUCUGCUUCUUUCUGCCGCCGAAUGUGGCCUUCUCUCUGCCGCCGUAUGCUACCCCCCGGCGGCUCCCUCUUGGGGCGCCCAAGUGUGAUGCUUGCCACGUCGCAGCAAGCGCGGGGCCCUGGCACAAGAGGAACCGAGGAUGUCCACACCAGCGACUCGCCGAAGACAGCCCCACAAUCGGGCCGCGAACGGGCAAGGGUAGAAACCGCGGACGGCUCCACCUUCGGAUGGCCGGAUGCUGUGCCUGCUGCACCGCGGUGAGCCUGAGGCCCUCGAGAGGCUGGAGUCGGAGGUGCCAAACACGCGCCGCGCUCGAAACAUCCCCGCAAGCUGGGCGCGAACGGGCAUGCGUAUUACUCCCUGCCUGCUCCUCCUUGGGGGGCCCGAGUGGUAUGCUGCUAUAUCGCUGUGCUAGUGAGGCUCUCGAGAGACAGGAAACGGAGGUGCCACACACUCGCCUCGUUCGAGACACCCCGCAAUCUGGGCGCGGACGGGUAAGUGUAAUACCCCCUGGCGGUUCCUCCGAUGGGGUGCCCAAGUGUUAUGCUAGGUAUUCCGUGGUUGUGAUGAGGCUCUCGACAGAAAGGAGUUGGCGGUGCAAAAUUCGCGUUUCGGUCGAGGCUCUCCACAAUAUGGGCGCACACGGGCACACGUACCCAUCGGUCGGUGAACGUAUGUCUUUUUGGAUCUUGAGGAUCCAAACUAGGCACCUUCUUACUUCAAGUGUCGAGCGGUGUUCCUUCUACCUUCGUCUUCAGGAGGCGGGCAUGCUCCUAUCCAUUCUUUCGACCGGUGGGUAAUAUUCCUGGCGGCUCCCUUUUGGGUUGUCCAAAUGUUGCGUUUGCUAUACGCAUUGCUGUGAUCAUGAGGCCCUCAAGAGGCUGGAUUAUGAGGUGCCAAACUAGCGCCUCGCUCGAGACAACCCCACAAUCUGGGCGCGAAUGGGCACCUCCACAGGUUCGCCGCGACGGUGGGUGCCAGCCACGCUCAGCGACUCCCCAUCUUCAUAGCCGACCCCAUCACGUGGCGUGACACGACCUGGUGGAGGCAGCGUCAGCGCGAUGGCCAACGUGAGCGAGCUGACGCAGGCAGGUGGCGGCAUGCUUCCGAUUGGAGAGGCCUUCAUCGGAAAUGGGACUCCCCUCUCGUGUACCACUAUGGCCAACACUGGGUGCAUCGCACUUCUGCAAAAUAUUGGUCCUCCACGAGGCCGGCGUUCAUAGAAUCCGCUUUCGCGAUGAUUGGUUGCCAGCGCAGUUUGAAAGAACAGCGUGAACCACCUGAAUCCAAAUUUGCUCGCAAGAGAGCGCGGGUCGUGAUUGACCUCCCAGUGCAGUGGGGGACGCCACUGAACCAAGCAGUGCCGAUAGAGAUAUUAGGGGACUCGGCUGUGGUUGUCACGUGGAUCAACGGCACGGCCCAGGUGGAUACUUGGCGCUUCAUUCCAGCUGUAUCAAACAUCAUGGACAUCUUGCACACAUCCUGGACGAGCGAGCACAUUUUUCCGCGACUGCGACAUCUUCCCUGGUGUAGACACGUGUACAGAGAACUCAACAAGGAGGCCGACGCUAUGGCGACGAAGGCACUGGAGCAAAACACCCGCCAUAUCGAGUUCAACGAUGACAUUGCCAUGACCCUGCCUAUGUGCAUCAAGGUGGUUUUCGAUGGUGGACGGCGGAGUUCUGUAGCAUCCUACGGGUGGGUACUAUUAGGUGCUUUUCGCUACGAGCGCCAUGGGUCACCAGCAUGGGUACGAGUUUGCGCUGGAUCAAAUGUUCUUGGUGACGUCACUUACAUGCAGGCUGAGUUGUGCGGGUCUACUGUAGCAGCUGAGGUCGCCAUUGCUUUCGCGAGUGGCGCUCUGAGUGCUGAAGUGAUCCGUAGCAGCUGCUGUCGCGUACUCGAGGCGGUUAAAUGAAGAGCGCACCGGCGAAGGAACACCCUUAGUGCAGCCUGAAAAAAAC